GUCUUGUUACGCUGGAUAAUGUUCGUUAGCUCUAUUUGCCGACUGGAAUCAAGGAGAAACCUUACAUUGCGCAAAAAUCCUGUUGUGGCCUCGGGUUUGGACAUAGUCGAAUACUCAGAGAGGAAUAUGUUAACCUCUUGUUUCAGUGUCAAUUCCUCUGGUUCUAGAAACAGCGAAGCCAGUUUCAGAAACUGUUCGAUGACAAGAGGCUUGUUUUGCUGGAGAUUAUCUCGCAGUGAAGAACCUGAUUGGAAAAGACUUGAGAAUGUUUGCCCUGGCAUUCUCAUGGACAUGUCCACAGCUCUAUUUACGUUGGCCCUAGCCUGGGCCUUUUCUUCAGUGGCUUUAGCAAUUCUUUGCUGGCGAGCAGCAGCAUACUUUUUGUAAGUCGGACAUCCACGCCAAUUCGCUGUAUGGCCUGUCUCACCGCAAUUAUUACAAAAUGGAUUCACCGAAUCUUCCCUUUGACGUUGACACACGCCUGGGCCAUGAUCUUGAUCGUACUUCACACAUCUGUAGGCAGAAUUGCAGUUCUUCGAUAUGUGCCCCCAACGCUGGCAUCUAUGGCAAUGGAUAUCGGACUCUUUCUUUUUAGGCUUUUCCCAAGUGACAAUUUGGUUCUGCAAUCCUCUAAUGGUAGAUAUGUCAGAGGUUUUUUCCUGACAACAAGGAAACUAUGAAAAGACCAGUAUCAUUAUUUUUCUGUGUCUUGUAUUUCACUACAUUGGCAACAGUAUCUGGAAUUUCUAAUCUAAUUCAGCUUUAAUGUCACCUGUUUCAGUGUUUGCAGUAA